GGCGGCGGCGGCGCGAUGGGGCUGCGCGCGGGCGGAGCGCUGGGCCGGGCCGGGGCCGGGGCCGGGGCUGGCCGGGGGGCGCCCGAGGGACCAGGGCCCAGCGGCGGCGCGCCGGGCGGCAGCAUCCACUCGGGCUGCAUCGCCGCGGUGCACAACGUGCCUCUGAGCGUGCUCAUCCGGCCGCUGCCGUCUGUGCUGGACCCGGCCAAGGUGCAGAGCCUGGUGGACACGAUCCGGGAGGACCCAGACAGCGUGCCCCCCAUUGACGUCCUCUGGAUCAAAGGGGCCCAGGGUGGUGACUACUUCUACUCCUUCGGGGGCUGCCACCGCUAUGCGGCCUACCAGCAGCUGCAGCGAGAGACCAUCCCUGCGAAGCUCGUCCAGUCUACCCUCUCGGACCUAAGGGUGUACCUGGGUGCUUCCAUGCCGGACUUGCAGUAGCAGCCUCCUUGGCCCCUGCCACUGCUCCAAGAGCCCAGAGGACACGUUGGCCUCCAGUGGGCUGGGCCAUGCAGAAGGUGUAGCAGGGGUGCCUUCUCUUUGAGCCUGGGGGGAGGGUCUGCACCCCAAGCUGCAGAACCUUGGACUCACAACUGAACAGUGUGGGAGCCUCAGUUCCAACCUCUGUGAAAAUGGGGUCAUGGGCUUGAUCUUGAGGGAUUAUUGAGAGGAUGACCCGAGAAAGGAGAGCCACAUGCUGCUGGCUCAGAUUCCCAAAGACAAGGAUCCUUCUGCAUUUUUGUCUUUAUAUGUCCCAUUAUGUGGAAUACAUUCAGCUGCAAGUAAAGGAAAACCUAGGUUACAGCGGCUUAAACCAAGAGAAGUUUGUUUCUCCACACAGCAUGGAUUCUGGAGACAGGUGGCUAAUGGUGUUGGUUUAACAACUCAGCAAAGGAAGGCUCACAUCUCUGUUAUCUUUUUAGCCUUUCCCUCAUUGCUUGUUACCUCAUGGUCACAGGAUGGCUGCUGUACCUCCAGGAAUCAUGUCUGUGAUCAAGGAAGAAAGGAGUAGGGGAGGAAGAGGGGCCAAGCCAGCUGGACCUGUCAACUUCUAUGAUCAAGUCAAACGUUUUUCAGAGGUCUGUUUCCUGCUCUCUCCCCCUGCAUAUUUCCAUGGCCCAAACCAGCUACCGUUGCCACCCCUAGCUACAAAGAAAGCUAAGACAGCAGGGAACAGAAUUGUCACGAUUGAGUAGACCAGUCGUAUCCUAUCUCCUGGUUCUGGCACACUGCCUCCUGAAAUAAAAUUGUAAUCACAUUGCCAAGAGAGAAAUGAGCAAUUAUGUGUUAGUUAGCCUUUGCUGUGUAACAAACCAUCCCAAAACUUAGCAGCUAAAAACAAGUUAUUUAUUUAUUUGCCCAUAAUUCUGUGGUUUGGCAAUUUGGGCUGAGCUUAUCUGGACGGUUCUGCUGAUCUUGCCUGGGGUCACUCAUGGGGCCGCAUGCCAUCAGCUGUCACUUUAGCUAGGGCCAGAUGGUCUAGGAUAGCCUUACUUGUUCGCAGUUGGCAGGCUGUUGGCUGGGUGACUUGGUUCUCCUGCACGUGGCCUCUCCAGCAGGUCAGCUCAGGCUUAUUCACGUGAUGGCCUCAGGGUUCCGAGAGAGCGAGGGUAGAAGCUGCAAGAACUUUUGAGUUCUAGGCCCAGAAUUGGUACAUCACUUCUGCUAAGUUCCUUUGGUCAGGGAAAAUCGUGAGGCCGACCCAGAUUCAGGGGUUGGGGAGACAGUCUAUACCUCCUAAUAGGAGAAACUACAAAGAAUUUGUGGCAUUUUUCAUCUAUCCCAAAUGACUUUGCACAGGCAAAUAACAGUGUUUCUCUCUCUGUUUUCCUUCUCUCUCCUUUGCACAGGGCCUUGCUCUGCCCAGGCUGCAGUCACUAAGACAUUGUCCUGGCCUCAAGUCUAGCGGAAGAAGUGAUGGGGCAGGGGGUGUGUCACUCCCACUCUAGUGGGGGCAUCUCGCAUUGUCUGCACUGGGAGACGGGGAGUAGACCAGGUGGGACAUUCCAAAGGGACUUCUGAAUCCCUGGGGUCCUGGGGAAAGGGAAGAGGCAGAGGAAGGGUGCAGAGUGAGGCGGGCCUUGCUCUCACUGCCCUGCUAAGGGAACUCGGUCACUUGGUGUUUUCAAGCCUCAGUUUCUCAGCUCGGUAAUGAAGACAACAGCUUUCCCAUCCAUUCUCUGUCCCAGGGAGGGAAGACUGAGGUGACCAAUAGCAUUUGAAAGGAAUGUAGUAGUGAAUACAGUGUGAUAGCCUGGACUGGGUCUUGGAACAAAGGAAAGGCAUUGGUGGAAAAGCUGGAAGUCUGAAUAAGGUCUGGAUUUCAGUUAAUUAUAUACCAGCGUUGACAUUGGGGUAGGCUGCGUGCAGGGUACAUGGGAACUCCCUGUAUUAUCUUUGCAGUUUUUCUGUAAGUUGAAAAUCAUUCCCAAAUAAAAGUUUAUUUACUAGAAA